UCCAGGGGUCUUCCUGGAGGUCUUGCCCACCUUGCAAAGAUUCUGAGCACCUGUUGGGGCUGUGCAGAGUGGGGACACAGGUCUGAAGGAGGCCUUGGGUGCACUUUCUGAAUAAUGGCCAGCUUCUUUCUCACUCAGGAAGAUACACGCCUCACCCCGGUCUGAACAGCCUGGCUGCUUUUGUGCCUCAGACCUUGUCUACAGACCCUUGACCACUCUCCCUGUUAUCCACGCCACACACAGCUGCCUCAGGACCUUUGCACCUGCUGCCUCAUAUGCCUAGAAUGCACCUUUCUUAUCCCAGAGAGUCCUCGGUCUUGUCCAAACACCACCUUUACCCCCAGGCUGCCUUGGUCAUACACCCGUGCUCCUGCCCCCUGCCAGCUUUUUCUCCACCAACUUUCUUCAACCAUUGGAAGUAACCCAUGAGGACAGACUGUAGAUCAGGCCCUGCAUUGAGGUGAUGUGCACAGACCAGGUGCUGAACCAGCUGGGAGCCAGGCCCCUGCCUGAGCUGAUAUUAAUGCCCCCCCCCGGAGGUGUUUGGUGCCCUUGCCCACCCUCUGUAGCCCUGCUGGGGACUUCCCCUGUGUGCCCCAUAUGCCCUGGGAGGAGGGCCUCACAGGGGCACCUUUGAUGCCUCACAGCCUCCUCCUUCUCUCCCAGGAAGCUAUGCCCCAGACGUUUGUCUUCUCCAGCAUGCUUGCACCCAGCUGUAGCAGACAGGGGCAGCCCAGCAUGGGGGAGUGCAGCGGGGGUGGCCGUAGUGGCUCUGGAGACCUCGUCUUCCAAGACGGACGCCUCAUCUCCGGGUCUCUCGAGGCCUUGAUGGAGCACCUCGUCCCCACGGUGGACUAUUACCCCGAUAGGACGUACAUCUUCACAUUUCUGCUGAGCUCCCGGGUCUUCAUCCACCCUCAUGACCUGUUGGCCCGGGUAGGGCAGAUCUGCCUACAGCAGAGGCAGCAGCUGGAGGCAGACCCUGACCAGGCCAAGCUGAGUUCUUUGUCAGCCAAGAUCGUGCAGCUCCUGAAGGAGUGGACUGAGGCCUUCCCCUACGACUUCCAGGAAGAGAAGGCCAUGGCAGAGCUGAAGGCCAUCAUUCACUGCGUCACCCAGUGUGAGGAGGAGAGCAGCACGGUGAAGAAGGCUAUUACCCAAAUGACGCAGAACCUGCUAUUGUCCCUGGCUGCCCGGAGCCAGCUCCAGGAGUUCUGGGAGAAGCUCCGCUCACCGCCCAUGGACAAAGGACCAGUCCUCAAGGCCAAGCCGCCGGCCACCCAGAAGGACAUCCUGAGCGUGUGCUGUGAUCCACUGGUGCUGGCCCAGCAGCUGACCCACAUCGAGCUGGAGCGGGUCCACAGCAUCCACCCGGAGGACCUGAUGCAGAUCCUCAGCCACAGGGACUCUCUGGACAACUGCAGGUGCCGAGGGGACCAGACCAAGACCUACAGCCUGGAGGCUUAUGACAACUGGUUCAACUGCCUCAGCAUGCUGGUGGCCACCGAGGUAUGCCGGAUAGUGAAAAAGAAGCAGCGGACCCGAGUGGUGGAGUUCUUCAUUGACGUGGCUAGGGAGUGCUUCAACAUUGGGAACUUCAACUCAAUGAUGGCCAUCAUCUCUGGCAUGAAUCUCAGUCCUGUGGCGCGGCUGAAGAAAACAUGGUCCAAAGUCAAGACGGCCAAGUUCGACGUCCUGGAACACCACAUGGACCCAUCCAGCAACUUCUGUAACUACCGCACGGCCCUGCAGGGGGCCACACAGAGGUCCCAGAUGGCCCACAGCAGCCGAGAGAAGAUCGUCAUCCCUGUGUUUAACCUCUUUGUGAAGGACAUCUACUUUCUGCACAAAAUUCACACUAACCGCCUGCCCAAUGGGCAGGUGAACUUCAAGAAAUUUUGGGAACUCUCCAGACAAAUCCAUGACUUCAUGAUGUGGACACAGGUGGAGUGUCCUUUCGAGAAGGACAAGAAGAUUCAGAGCUACCUGCUCACGGCGCCCAUCUACAGUGAAGAAGCUCUCUUCAUCGCCUCCUUUGAGAGUGAAGGUCCUGAGAAUCACAUGGAAAAAGACAGCUGGAAGACCCUUAGGACCACUCUCCUUAACAGAGCCUGAAGGCUCAGGAUGCAGCCUGUGGAAAUGAAAUGAAGCACACAAAUGAGCAUGCUUUAAUCCUGAUAAGGGUUUAGGUGAAGGAGGCCUCACUGGUUGGGGUCCAUUUCGUACAUAUCUUUUAUGAAAAAGAAAUGGUAAUUAUUUCAUGCAUCAGCCUUUGGCUCUUACAGAAAAAGUUUUUGGUUUAUUUUAAAUAACAGGGCAGGGUCCUGUUUCAGGGAGUCGGGGGGAAGGGGAGAGUAUCAUGGGAGACGGCAUCCAUGAUAACAUCUUAUUCUAAUGAAAUGUAGAAUUUUAUUUUCUACUUUUGAUUAUUAACAUCUUAAGAAAAAAAUAUUUUAAAACCCAACCAAAACCAACAUAAGCCCUGCCUGCUCGGACACCUUUCCAGCCAUUGUCGCUGAUGUCGGGGUUAGUGCCUUAGAGGGUACUGAAAGGGUCCGUUCUUCCUGCUCGGCCUUCUAGCCUGAAGUGAGCCAGGACAGCCAGGGCAGACGCCAGAGAGUUCUGUCCUGGGCCCCAAGGCUCCCGGCCCUUGAGCACAGGCCAGCAGAGUUCUAGAGGAAGGGCUAGGGUGGCCAGGAGGUCUCAUGUGCAUAUUUCAGGAAGUGAACCUUUGAGUACAGGGUUUCCAAAGUUUACAUUUUUCUUUUCCUUUAUCAGGGAUUUGUCGGGUGGGGAAGGGCAGGGAGACACCAGGUCUGUACAGAAGCUACAGGGUUGCCCACCUGGCAGCAAAUUUUCUGUUGGGAUAUGUCUCACAAAUUAUUCUUCAACUGAAUUUUAGGAAAUAAGAAAAUCUAAAAUAAUGCAAGGGAGGGAGUGGUGAAAUGCUGCCAGUUUUUAAGUUGUGACUGAAAGACACACUUGGUUGUAAUGAAGAGAAUACAAAGUAGAUUACAGCAGGGUGACAUUUAAAGCCGUUGUGUAAACCCAAGUAAACCCACUUCUGUUGUCAAUUCUAACUCACAGCGGCCCCAUAGAGUUUCCAAGGCUAUAAAUCUCUGUGGAAGCAGACUGCCACAUCUUUCUCCUGCGCAGCAAUGGGUAGUUUCAAACCGCCGACUUUUCAGUUGGCAGUCGAUCACUUUAACCACUGUGCCACCAAGGCUCCUGUAAACCCAAGUACAAACUGAAAAUAAGCUGUUUUAUGAGUCAAGGAUCUUGGGGCCUGCACUUCUGCCCCACUCUGGUUGGGAGACUCCCCUAAUCAGAAUCCUGAAACAGAAGUUAGCUAGACCAUUAAUUGCUGGAGUCCAUUCAAAUAAAACUGCCCAGCACUUGGAGACAUACCCUGCGCUCACAUUAGAAGUGUCAGUUCCAUGCUCCCCAUCUGACUGGUGAGGGGACAGUGACAAGAUUCUGCUCCCUGAGAAAGCUGGGUGCCAUCUGUCCACCUGUCUCCUGCCCCUUGCAGUGGGGUUUUGUUCCUGCGCAAACAGACUUGGAACUAGUUGUGCUUGCCUCUCGGCAUGCCUUUCUUCAGCAGAAGCCUCACGUUGGGAAGCCUGGGUGAGCUGGGCCAGCUCCUAAUGCCUGGAGUUAAGGUGCCUGCAGGGAGUCUGGCUUAGGAAGGGCAGUGACUGCGCAUAAUCUGUUGCUCAUGUUCUCUCCGCCCUGGGUUGUGUAAGAUUGUCUGCACUGUAUUGUUACAGUGUUUGUACUUUUUCAGAUAUUCUAGAUAGUACACAUUGUAUAUCGAUAGUACACAUUGUAUAUUGGUAGCACACAUUGUAUAUUGUAGUACAUAUUGUAUAUUGAUAGUACAUAUUGCUCUGUUUAUGUAUUUGAGAUAAAGAAAGGCCUAAAACUUGAGAAUAUAUAUUUGAAAUACAAUGUUAGAGCAUUUUCUGUACAUAUGUUAAAGAGCUUUCACAUAAAUGUGCACUUCACUGGGUCAUCAAUUUUAGUACCUACUUGAAAUGGUGUCUAUGUUUGCUACUUAAUUUUCCCAGUUUGAUACACACCCUUCAUAUGCUGUCUCAGUAUUUUGAAAUACGCUGUUAUAAAGCUGUACUGUGAUGCAGGAUGACUGGACGUACUUGCAUCAAUAAAAAGAUACAUUGCUCCUCCUCAGGCACCUGGUCUCUGUGCACACAGACACCCUGCUGCUAGGGAGGAGGGUGAGACUGUGGGUGCCCACACUGAUGGGAUGGGGCACGGAGUGUUCAAUUUAUGGUUACCUUUCCAAAUCCAGAACUAGGCACAUUCUGAUAAAGGGUUUUUCAUGUAAAUAAUCCAAAACUAAGAAAAAGUUGUUCGGGAGCAUCGUUGGAGGCCUGUUUUCCUCAAAGGCAGCUCCAAAGAGACAGCGGCUGCUUUUCGUAUUGCGUGGUCACGAGUUAAACAGAAUUAGAAAGUUUCCUUCAUCGCAGGACUUGUCAGAACCUUCCGUGUGGCAAUGGGCACUGUGAAUCUCACUGUGGGGAGGCGAGGCUAGGGGUGCAGGCUGAAGAGCACCUGUUAACAUCUUUCUGCAGAGCUGUCUGUAGAACACAGUUUUAGGUGGGCUCCUUCUGUUGUAAUGAGUUGCAUUCAAGAGCACUUAAUAAAAGGGGCUUAUUUGGGAUUGAAGAGAACUUGCAGAGUUGAGGGAAAAGAACUGAGACCCAAAUGGGAACGGGAACGCCUGCAUGCUUCUCUCCAUGCCUGCCCAGGCUGGAUCAGGUCACUUGUUACAAGUUCUUACUGAACUUUACCCUGCUCCUUCAGAGCUAAUUCAGCUAAUUUUCAACAAUUUGUUCAGUGUUUGUCAUUCCCUUAGACCCGCACUGCCCAACAGAGCUUUCUUUAGUGAUGGAAUGUUCUAGAUCUGUGCUGACCACUACAGUAGCCACUCACCAUAUAUAGCUAUUGAGCACUGAAAUGUGGCUAGUGCAACUGAGGAAAUAAAAUCUCUAACUUCUUUCACGUUUACACAGCUAAUGCCCUGCAUUGGACAGAGGCUGGGUCUGUUGGCCUUUGUCAUCUGCUGCCCCUCUCACCUCACGAAGCAGAUGGUGCACAAGAGGGGCUCAGAUGUUUGUGGAGGAGAUGAGGAUACCUGUGAGGACACCUUAGUGCCUUCUGGAUAAACAACAACAAUUUGUAGGUCUUUAAAUGUAAUGGUAUCCUUAAUUUUCUGGUAAAGUUAAUUUUGGAAGUCUCUACCUACCUCAGCUGAACUGAUGGGAAAGCAUGUGGUUUGUGCCUUGGACACCAGGGCUUCAUCUGGGAAUGUGAGGUGAGCUUGUAUGAACAGUGAUGGAACUGUCCCUCACUUUUUGGGAAGUUCCUUUAGGGCAGUGGUUCCCAAAGUGUCUCUCCAGAUCCAACAAAUCGGAAACACAGAGGAGCCCGGCAAUCUGAGUCGAACAACCCCCAUAGACUGAAGUUCUUCGUGAGAUCGUUCCUGCCUGCUUUUACAGGCCACCUCUCAUAAGUGGACUCUACAUUUCAAGCAUACGUGUCACAUGUUUGUCAACCUAC